GGGGCUUGUUAAAUGUCAUUUUUUGUUAGCGCCAAUCACCCGUAGCACAUAUGCGACGCAACACACUGUCAUCCACACAACGAUAAGCAAGCAAAAAAGUCUGAACAAAAUUAAUUAACAAAUAGUAUUAGAUGAGCAUUUAUUGAUUGGACUGGUGUAACAAUAAAGUUGCCAAGAUGUUGCUGAAGCUGUUGCUAUUGGCGUGCAUAGGCCUAGUCCAAGCCCAGUUGCCAUUACCAAGCGAUGAACAGUUUCAUGAGGAGCUGGUGGUGCGGCCGCUAGCCGGCGAGCAUGUAAACACAUAUUUCCAGUUUACAACGCGCUGGCAUUACGGAGCAAAAAACAAUCUUUACCAUACACAGUUGACUCCUAGAGUUAUAGCAGAGGUAUUGCAAACGUAUGAUGUGAAGGAGUUGCACAUAAGCCUCACACAAGGGCUGUGGCGCUAUGAGAGCUGGGGCUAUCCCAUAGUAGAGGCCACAGGCGGCGCCGAGCUGUGGGCCUGGUUUAGUGCACAGAAUUUAACCGACAAGGAGGUUGAUAAGCAAUGGAUGCAGCUUGCUAAUGUAUUCUCCGGUGUGCUCUGCUCCUCGCUGAACUUUGUGGAUAAUACCAAUAGCAUAGCACCGAAGCAUAUCUUUCGGCCACAGUUUAUGCAACCGAGCAAUGAGAGUAACGCACAAUUUGUGCGCUAUGCAACGUUGCCGCGUGAAAUUGUUUGCACGGAGAAUCUAACGCCCUGGAAGAAGUUGCUGCCCUGCGGCAGUGCCUGUGGCCUAGCCACGCUGCUUAACUCUGGCUACGUGCACAAUACCAAAUAUCAUUCGCUGGGGCUUAAAGUGCGAACACUUUGCGACCCCAACGACGCCAACAAUUGUCUUUUGGAGCUGACGCAAACAGCCAACUUGGUAUACGAUCUGAAGCUGCUGGAGCAGAGCAGCGCAGACUUUUCGCUGCGUCGUCUCUUUGGCAUGGGACUCAAUGGCUACUGUGAGUUGGCCAGCAGCAGCAAGAUCUAUGUGCAGCGCAGCGAGCUGGGCGCACGCUUUCAGCUGGUGCCGCCGCCAACGAGUGAGGUGAGCAGCAUGCGUGGUGGCUUCGUCUCGGACUAUGGCGUCUAUGAUAUGCAGCAGCAGUUUGAGCAGCAGCAGGGACCGCGUCUGUUCAACAUUGCCUGGAUAUCCAGCAAGACUUCAACACACAAGCGUGAACUGGUCAAGCCGCCGCCGCUCUAUGCGCAUCGCUAUCUACUGGGACAUGGUCAGCAGCAUGGACGCAUUGCCACAGAGCUGUUCAAUACGCACUAUGAGCCGCUGCCCGUGCUGCUGUUGGAACUGUUGCCCUGGUAUGUUCAUGCCUAUUUGCAUACGCUGAAGAUACGCGUAAAGUCGCUGCGUCGUCAUGACUACGGCGUAGAUUCAAAGGAGCUAAGCUUCAAGCUGCUGCAUUAUGCGCCAGGCAAGCAGCGCGAGUUGCCAACACACUUGGAGCUGGGUCUAAUGCUGCCGGCACAGAGCAGCGCUUUGAUAACAAUUGAGGUGGAUUAUUUGCUGCUCAAGUGGCUGGAGUAUCCGCCGGAUGCAAAUCACGGCCAUUAUAUAGGCUCUGCCAUCAUUAGCAGUCAGCUGCCAUUGGCGCGGAAUUAUUCUAGUCUGCCGCUGGAGGGACAUCUGUUCCAGCAUGUGUUCAAUGCCAGCAGCGCCAGCUAUGCACUUACCCUACGCACUGAAGCUUUGAUUGUAUCGCUGCCCACUCCCGACUUCAGCAUGCCGUAUAAUGUCAUUUGUUUGGCUUGCACAGUUGUUGCUCUAGCCUUUGGUCCCAUACAUAGUGUGGCCACCAAGCUCAUCAUUGUGGAGCGUCAGACUGCAAUGCCGCGUAAUCUGCUGCGCAAGCUUUUCCACAAGCUAACCGGACGUGGAGCUGGAGAACAGGAACAGAAGACAACAGGAACAGCGGCAGCAACAGCAGCAGCAGCAGCAACUGCAGCUGAGCAGCGGCAAGAGCGGCAGUCGUCCAUGUGAUAAAAUGUUUGUAGUGUGAAAAGACAGAAAGACAGAGAGAUUCCAGUUAAUAUACUCGCAAGCAGCGCAGUCCAGCGCUCUCUUUUGAGCAGCUAACGCCGUCUAUGCGCACACUUAAAAAGAAUUCCAAAGAGCAAGUCAUUUUUAUAUAUAUAGACACACACACACACACAGCCACAUAAAAUAAAAUUGCAAAUGCGCUUCUUCUUCACUGUCAA